GGAAGCAUCACAAUCAUUUAUCAAAUAAGUAACCAUUCAAAAGAAAAAGCGAUGGCACAUUCUCCUUUUCUAAACCUUGUUUUAGUCUUUGUGACCGUGGCCUCCAUAUUUUCCACAUUUGCUGAGGCCAAUAGGGGAUUUGGAUGGGGUUGGGGUGGAGGCUCAAACUAUUCAAGCAGUUCAGGUUCAAGCCCUGGCUCAGGCUGGGGUUGGGGCUCUAGCCGGAACGGCUCGGGAUGGAUUUGGGGUGCGGGCACCAACUAUUCAAGUGGUUCAAGGUCAAGCCCCGGGUCAGGAUGGAGUUGGGGUUGGGGUAUGGGCUCCAACCAUUCAAGUGGUUCAGGUUCAAGCCCGUGGUCGGGAUGGGGUUGGGGCUGGGGUCCUAAAAACACAAACAACUCGGGAUCUGACGGCUCCGGUUCUGGCUGGGGCUGGGGAGGUCACUCAAAAGGUUAUAACGCAACCUACAAUGCACCUAGAAAGAUCAUAGUCGGUGGAGACAAAGAGUGGACAUAUGGUUUCAAUUACUCCGACUGGGCUUCUAAGACUGCCCCCUUCUUUCUCAAUGACAUACUUGUGUUCAAAUACAACCCACCAGCACCGUUCACGCACAGCGUUUAUUUGUUUUCUAACCCAUUGAGUUACGAAAAGUGCGAUGUUAAGAAAGGAAAGAUGAUAGCAUCACCGAAGCAAGGUGCUGGGAAUGGCUUUGAGCUUGUUCUUACAAAAAUGAAGCCUUACUACAUAUCGUGCGGCGAGCAUGACGGUGCUCACUGCAGCAAUGGCACCAUGAAGUUUACCGUCAUGCCUAUCCUCCCCCGUUGGUAAUUUGUUUGGUACUAAAAGCUAACUCCGACGUCAAAAGUAUCAAACAUUAGGUUUUCAAUUUGUUGUUGUGUGUCGUCAAUAAAACAUAUUACCAAUUUACCAUUAUCCACAUUUUGUUGAGAUUUGUUUGUGGUUUUGCUUUGUCUUUUUUUAUUUAUGAGAUCACCCUUGUUUAUGUAUGCUACCAUAUUUUCAUGGUAAAAGUUAAUGUCAAGAUUUAGUACUUUUAUUCAAAAAUGACCAAAGAUUGAGCGAACCAGAUAAUGCGUUAAAGAAUUGAAUAUGAGAGAUUCUACUGUAAACUCAAAGCGUUGAUAAAGUUUCUAGCUUCUUAUAAGUAUCUUAGUUGCUUGAAGUUGAACUGGUAGAGAAGAUCACGUGACUAAGGAGCGGGAUCAGUGAAAAUUGAAAAAGGAGCGUUUGGAAAAGGAAGGGAAGAGAAGAAUAAAAGUAUAGAUAGCUAUAUUGGUGGCUUUUAUUGUUUCAUCGGACCAUCAGGUCUAAACUUGGUGGUCGCCAACUUUCUUUGGACAGAAAGGUCUGAAACCUUCAAUCCUUGUUUUAUGUUGUUUGUGUUACGAUCCGAUUCAAUAAUGAAUAAUGUUUCAUUCGUUGGAGUUGAGAAUUGGGUGACGCAAAAUAGUUUCUUUUUGUUUUCUAGGAUAUAUAAUGAAACUUUUUUCCAAUAUAUCAUAAUCUCAAAACCUAAUUUAUUGUCGUUAGAUAAGUUUUUUUUUUUUUGAAAAAACGUUAGAUA